AUGGAGAUGAUGGAGGGGGCUGAGCUCUGCUUUCCACAGCUUAACACUUCCUGCAGGAAACCAGAGCCUCCUCACUCUGACUAUGUGUUUGCUUAUAUUCUGCUGUCCUUCAUCUCUCUGCUCACUGUGACUCUCAACCUGCUGGUCAUCAUCUCCAUCUCCCACUUCAGGCAGCUCCACACCCCCACCAACCUCCUGCUCCUGUCCCUGGCUGUCUCAGAUUUCCUUGUAGGCCUCUUUGUGAUGCCUGCUGAAAUACUCCUGACAACGACCUGCUGGAUCCUGAGUGACUUAACGUGUGCACUGUAUUACCUGUUGCCUGUCAUUACAAUCAGUGCCUCUGUAGGAAGCAUGGUUCUCAUAUCUGUUGACCGUUAUGUGGCUAUUUGCGACCCUCUGCAUUACCCCGCCAAAGUCACUCCAAAAAUUGGUUCAGUAUGUGUUUUCCUGUGUUGGGUUUAUGCUGUUAUCUAUGGUGUUUUCCUUUUAUAUGACAACCUGAAGCAACCAGGAAGGUAUAAUUCCUGUGAUGGGGAAUGUGUGGUCAUCAUUACAGGAGCGGUUGAUCUUGUUCUUGGUUUCAUUAUUCCCAUUGCUGUCAUCAUGCUUCUGUAUAUGAGAGUAUUUGUGGUGGCUGUGUCUCAGGCUCGUGCCAUGAAGUCCCACACUGAAUGUGGCUCUAUCAAGCAUGCAAAGACUGUGAAAGUUAAGAAAUCUGAGAUUAAAGCAGCAAAGACACUUGGUAUUCUCAUAGUUGUGUUUCUGAUGUGUUACUCUCCAUAUUACUGUGUCUCUCUCACAGGCCACGACAUCCUGAUUGGUUCUUCAACUGAGGCUUUUAUGAUUUUUCUGAUGUAUUUUAAUUCCUGUCUGAACCCCGUCAUCUAUGCACUUUUCUAUCCCUGGUUUAAAAAAGCCACCAGACUGAUUGUUACAUUACAGAUACUGCAGGCUGACUCCUGUGAGGCCUGCCUACUGUAG